AAAUUAGGUAAUGGGUUCAGACUGUGGGAGGGGUGGGGCUCGCCGACCCCAGGAUCUGAUUGGGCAGGGUCUCCAGUGCUGGGGCCCAGGGAGGUGGGAGGGGAGGGUGCCCCUACAAAUCCCGGGGGCUAGAGCAGGCCAGGGCAUCUUUGGGUGGCGGAGUGCAAAGGAGGCGACCUGCAGCAGAGGUGUCCCGGUCACCAGCAACCAUGACGGACCAGCAGGCUGAGGCCAGGUCCUACCUCAGCGAGGAGAUGAUCGCUGAGUUCAAGGCUGCCUUUGACAUGUUUGAUGCUGAUGGUGGUGGGGACAUCAGCGUCAAGGAGUUGGGCACGGUGAUGAGGAUGCUGGGCCAGACACCCACCAAGGAGGAGCUGGACGCCAUCAUCGAGGAGGUGGAUGAGGAUGGCAGCGGCACUAUCGACUUCGAGGAGUUCUUGGUCAUGAUGGUGCGCCAGAUGAAAGAGGACGCGAAGGGGAAGAGCGAGGAGGAGCUGGCCGAGUGCUUCCGCAUCUUCGACAAGAAUGCAGAUGGCUACAUCGACCCGGAGGAGCUGGCUGAGAUUUUCAGGGCCUCUGGGGAGCACGUGACGGACGAGGAGAUCGAAUCUCUGAUGAAAGAUGGCGACAAGAACAAUGACGGCCGCAUUGACUUCGACGAGUUCCUGAAGAUGAUGGAGGGCGUGCAGUAAGGAGUGGUCAGUCGCCUCCACCAAGAUCGCCUGUCCCUAGGGUGUGGGAGACUCCGCCCUGCCGGGUCCCCACCAGGGAGGCACGGCCCCUUGUGGGUCUUUGGAAGGAAUAAAAGCAAAUGUUCCAAAA